AUAUCCCCCGUUCUAUAUAUCUUCCGUGCUUUAUAUUCCCCAUUCUUUAUAUCCCCUAUUCUUUAUACCCCCUAUUCUCUAUAUCCCCUAUUCUUUAUAUCCCCUUUUCUUAAUAUACCCCAUUCUAUAUAUUUUCUGUGCUUUAUAUUCCCCGUUCUUUAUAUCCCCUAUGCUUUAUACCCCCUAUUCUUAAAACGUUUACUGUUCUCUAUAUCUCACGUUCUUUAA